AUGCCGUACAAGCGUGCGGCCGUUGAGCCAGCCCAAGACGGCGCGCGGAGCAGGAUGCAGAGGCACGCUGGUUCUCAAGUGGAGGCUGAACAAAUUGUCAGUGAGAAAGAAAUAGAUGCUGGAGCACCUAUUAGAUUGGAUGGAGCAGCUCAGGCUCGAAUUGAAAAAUAUAGACUGCUGCAAGAAGGUUUGAUUGACGAAAUGGUUGAAUUAGCACACCAACUAAAUGAAAGCAGUCUUAUAAUGAACCGAUCUAUGCAGGAGAUGGAGGAGAUACUGGAUUCAACAGAGACAGCUGUGGAGCAUAGCUUGGCAGGCACCGGGCAUGCAAAUGUACGUGCAGUGGAGGUUUACUCGUUGACCUCUAAAACGACAUGUUUGCAUUGGUUUCUGCUUAUCGUAAUGAUCUGCAUGUUUACCAUGGUGGUUCUACUCAUACGGAUCACAUGCGGGCAAGGGACUCACGGCACAGAAAUUUUGCAUCCUAGACAUUGUCUUCCAGGCUUCCAGCAGAUCAUGAAUGAUGCUGGGGCUUUCUCUACAGGUUUAAACUGCCGUGAAAAUGUAAUAGACAGCGGCUACCGAUUAAGUUAUGUGAACAUUCCCCUCCAUUCUUUUCAUAGCUGUAUUUAG